UGAAGUCCUAGAGUCCAGCCCCAUUUGUGACCUUGGGUGCCUGUGAGAAUGGUAGCAAGGCCCUAAGACCAUGUUCCACACCAUGACGUGUUGGCUUCAGCUCCUAAGCCUUCAUCUGGUGCUCCUGAACGGGGCUCCGGGGGCUGGCUGUCCAGCCCGAUGCGAGUGCGCCCCACAGCUCCGGUCUGUGGUGUGCCACCGCAGACGCCUCACGGCCAUCCCAGAGGGCAUCCCCACAGAGACCCGAAUCUUGGAGCUGAGCCGAAACCGCAUCCGCUGCCUCAACCCUGGCGACCUGGCGCCAUACCCCCUCCUGGAGGAGCUGGACCUGAGUGAGAACGUCAUUGCCCACGUGGAGCCGGGUGCCUUCGGGAACCUGCUGCACCUGCAGACCCUGCGCCUUCGGGGCAACCAGCUGAAGCUCAUACCCCCGGGUGUCUUUACCAAGCUGGGCAACCUCACUUUGCUGGACCUGAGUGAGAACAAGCUGGUCAUCCUGCUGGACCACAUGUUCCAGGAUCUCAGGAACCUGAAGCGGCUGGAGGUGGGGGACAACGAUCUGGUCUUCAUCUCCCAGCGGGCCUUCUCAGGGCUGCUCGCCCUGGAGGAGCUUACACUGGAGCGCUGUAACCUCACCACUCUCUCCGGGGAGUCACUGGCGCACCUGCAGAGUCUCGGAGCUUUGCGCCUGAGAUACCUGGGCAUCCCCGCCCUGGAGGAACACAAUUUCCGCCGCCUGCCGGGUCUGCUCCAUCUGGAGAUCGACAACUGGCCCCUGCUGGAGGAGGUCACAGCCAGCAGCCUUCAAGGCCUCAACCUGAGCUCACUGUCGGUCACCUACACCAACAUCAGCGCGGUGCCAGCCGCGGCCCUGCGUCACUUGGCCUACCUCACCUCCCUCAACCUGUCCUACAAUCCCAUCAGCACGGUGCCGCGGGGCUCCUUCCGUGACCUGGUGCGGCUGCGGGAGCUUCACCUGGCAGGGGCCCUGCUGGCGGUGGUGGAGCCCCAGGCCUUCCUGGGCCUGCGGCAGAUCCGCCUGCUUAACCUCUCCAACAACUUCCUAGCCACGCUGGAGGAGAGCACCUUUCAUUCCGUCAACACCCUGGAAACGCUGCGCGUGGAUGGCAAUCCCCUGGCUUGUGACUGCCGUCUCCUUUGGAUUGUGCAGCGGAGGAAGACGCUCAACUUUGAUGGGCGGCUGCCCUCCUGCGCCACACCUGCCGAGGUGCGAGGGGAUGCGCUCCGGGACCUGCCCGACUCCACCCUCUUUGAGUACUUCGUCUGUCGCCAGCCCAAGAUCCGGGAGAGGCGGCUGCAACACGUCACGGCCACCGAGGGCCAAGCGGUGAGCUUCUUCUGCCGCGCCGAGGGCGAACCGGAGCCCAGCAUCACCUGGGUGACGCCCCAGCACCAAGUGGUGACGGGGGCCAGCGGCGGGAGGACCCGGGUGCUGCUGGGCGGCACGCUGGAGAUCCAGGAGGCCCAAGCCCAGGACAGUGGUACCUACGUCUGUGUCGCCAGCAAUGCUGGGGGCAAUGACACGUACUUUGCCACGCUGAUGGUGCGCCCCGGAGCCAACCGGACCCUGGGGCCUGGUGAGGCGGGGGACCUGGCCGCUCGCAAUGACACCCAGCUACCCCGCUUCCCUUUGGACCUUACCACCAUCUUGGUGUCUACAGCCAUGGGGUGCAUCACCUUUCUGGGCGUUGUCCUCUUCUGUUUCCUCUUGCUCUUUGUAUGGAGCCGGGGCCGGGGUCAACACAAGAGCAAUUUCUCUGUAGAGUACUCCUUCCGCAAGGUGGAUGGCCCCGCUGCUGCUGCUGGUCAAGGGGGUGCCCGCAAAUUCAACAUGAAGAUGAUCUGA